UAUUGUACCUUUUUGGUUUUUUAUAAGAAUUGAACGUGUUUUACUAUAAUUAAAAGAAUAUUGUAAUAAUGAAGCAUUCAACAACAAUUUUAAUAUUUUUCAUUAUUAUUUUUAAUAUAGAAUUAUCAAUUAGUGAUGAUAAUUUUGAAUUAACUCCUCCAUUAGAAUUAUCUAGAAGACCAUGUGAUCGAAAUGAUCUUGAUUUAGAUGAUUGUCUUAAAAAUUUAAUUCAAGAUCAAAUCCAAAAGAAUAUUGAUGGCUCAGAAACAUUAAAUAUACCACCAUUAGAACCAUGGUCAUUACCAAAAACAAAAUAUUUAUAUUCACAACAAAAUGGUAUACGUAUGACAUUAACAACUGAAAAUGUUCAAAUUCAUGGAUUAAAACGUACAACAAUUGUUAAUGUUAGUACAAAAUUUCAAAAUGAUUUAAUGUCAGUUGAUAUGAUGAUACAUUUACCAAAAAUUCGAAUGUCUGGAAAUUAUUCAGCAAAAAUUCGUGUUAAUGAUUUAAAAAUUCGUCCAAGAGGAAAAUUUAAUAUGACUUUAUCAAACGUACUAAAUAAUAUGAAGUUAACUGGUACAAUAGAACGUUUUAAUAAUCAGAGAUUUUUAAAAUUGAAAAAAUUCUCAUUAGAUCCAAUUAUUGAAGAUAUAAGAUUUAAUGUAACAGGAAUAUUCCCAGCUGAUCCAUCACUCAAUAACGUUUUUGUACAAUUUAUCAAUUCAUAUUGGAGAAAUUUAUAUCCAGCGAUAAUACGUGAAACUAAAGCUGAUUGGGAACCAAUGCUAUUAAAUGCAACAAAUCAAUUUUUAACACAUAUACCAUUUGAUAAUGUUAUAAAAGAUAGUAAAAUUUAAAGAAACAAAUUUUAUAUUUAGUCAUUUUAAAUGUAUAACAGGUAAAGCUCAAAAUUUCAAGCUGAAUAAGUUCACUACAAGAAAUGUAUAAUAAUAUCAGUGUGUUUGUGUAUAUAUAAAA